CAGAUGACUAGUUGAAAUGUGUUUUUAAUAACUACAUUUAUUCACCAUGUAUAUACAAAUAACUUUUACUGUCAGUGAUAUGUCAGUAAGUCAAUUAUACUUUAUCCCAAGGGAUCUGUGAUCUGUACCAUUUGAUAUCUUCCCCCCCCCCUUCCCCCUCCUCUGAUGGCGGUGCUGCCUGAAAAUGAAAGGCCACACUUUAUGGAUUAAAGUGCGUAAAAAGACGUUAUUUUCUAACGACAAGCAGGAAAAAGAGAAAAUGGCAGCCGGGAAGAUGUGCAUCAGGAAGAGCAAGGAGGAGACUGCUGAGUGGACUGGAUUAUUCCUAAAUGACUUGAAAACAAAGCAAGAAUCCCUGGUGUUCGUCAAGAGGAUGAUGGCUGUGGCAGUCUCCUCCAUCACCUACCUCAGAGGGAUUUUUCCAGAGGAUGCCUACAGAUCCAGAUAUCUAGAAGAUUUGUGCAUCAAAGUUUUGCGUGAAGACUGCAACACCCCUGGUGCCAGCAAAGUUGUGAAAUGGAUGAUGGGCUGCUUUGAUGCAUUAGAGAAGCAGUAUCUCCAGAUUGUUUUCAUUGGGGUGUACACCAAUCCAGAUGAACCUAAUUGCAUUAUUGAGUCAUACCAGUUCAAAUUCAAAUACACUGAGAAGGGGCCAGAGAUGGACAUACUCAGGAACAAUGAUGUGGAGAUGCAGGUGACAUUGGAGGACACCAAGAGAGCCUCAGUGCUGCUCAUCAGGAAGCUCUUCCUGCUUAUGCAGAACCUGGAUACCCUCCCCAACAAUGUGUACCUCACCAUGAAGCUCUACUAUUAUGAUGAUUUCACCCCUGCUGACUACCAACCACCAGGCUUUAAGGAGGGCGAAUGUGACAGCCUCUGGUUUGAAGGCAUGGCUGUGCACUUCAAGGUGGGAGAGGUGCAGACAGCAUUCCACACCUUGAGAGUGCGUGUGUCAGCAGAACAAGGCUGGCUGGAGAAGCUUCAAAAAGGAAACCACCUGACAGAAGCCAAGCAGGUUCCUCAGAGAAACUGUCCAGAGAGGGAAGUGAUUAAGGACCCUCGAACGAAAAGAUACGGCGAAGAGGAUCUGCCUUCUGAAGAUGGUAAGUCUGUUCUGCUUCUGUACCAAAACUGUAAAAUGAAUCAAAAUAUUUAUGCCGUUGACUUUCCUCCAAACAGAGUCUGCACAGUUCAAGAAACCAAAGAGACCCCUGGCAAAGAGAAAGGCAGCUGCCAAAAAUCUGUCGAGGAAGAGAAGAAUUUAGCCACAACGUUACACAAAACAAAAGCUUUGCUAGCAAUGUAAACACAAAGGUUAACUAUUUAUUCAUUUCAAUGCCUUGUUAAACACUGUUUAUUUUAUUACAUAU